ACGGGGGAAGAUUCCGGGGCUAACCUCGACACUUCGGGCGUAAAUGUCAUGGGUGUUUGUUUAUUAUUUUUAUUUUGAUUAAAUUGGUUUUACUCCGUCCCCAUUCAAUAAUGGCUCUUUUGUUUCUGGAAGAAGAUCCUUGGAUUCUGGAGCAUGAAUCCUGCGAAAAGCUCCAAAGAGAGAUCAUGGGGCAGCUGACUGAGAGGCAGAAAUUCCCCAGAACGCACUCGCUUUAUGCUCAGAUCUCCGCUGAUAUCAGGCUGAGGCUGAAGCAGUUUAACAACGAAGUGGAUCAGCUCAAACAGAAACUGGAUGCUUCUUCAGGCUCUAAUGCAAUAACUGCGGCGGAAUCCGAAAGGCGUGUGCGGCAAAUAGAGGUUCUCCUGACCAAGGCCCUUCAGAUGCAGAAACUGUUUAACGAGCAGCUAACGGAAAAGCGAAUGGAAGAACGGCAAACUUUGCUGGGCCCUCGAAGUAUAGAUUGGGAUGAAUACAGCAGCGGAACAUCAAGAGUGUCUGUUGAUAAUAUGCGGGCGAAGCAACAGGAAAUGUUGAGUGAUCAAGAGAAAGGCUUGGAGAAUCUCUCGAAAAUAAUCUCCAGACAAAAAGACAUUGCGCACACAAUUGCAAACGAAGUGGAUUUUCAUAAUGAAAUCAUUGGGGAUAUAGGCAUUCAAAUUGAUCGAACUGAUCAGAGAGUGCGAGUGGAGACCGAAAGGGUGGGCACAGUAGGUAGGAAAGAUAAUACUUGUGGGUACUGGAUUGUGAUAAUUAUUCUUCUGGUCAGUAUAAUAGUUGUUGCGGCUUUGUAAGAAGCUCGUACGGCCAUAUAUUGGUUCUAUUGGUC